UUUUUACACAGACGAGCCUGACCGUGGACAUCUCCUCUUGACAACGCACUGAAACCCGCACGUUUUUGGGACAUUUUAACACAUCAGAAUCAAUAAAUUAGCGUGUUUAUAAAGCGGCAGGACCCGGAUCUUGCGCAGCUCCUGAGCCCUGCCCUAAUUUGGCUACAAGUCUGUCCUCCAGUGAACCGCGACGCCUGAAAAGAGUCUAAGAUGCCCUAGGCCAGCAGCACAAGAAAUAAUGUGAUGGCUUCGAAAGUGAAAGAUGCAGUGGUGUGGUACCAGAAAAAGAUUGGCGCCUACGACCAGCAGAUAUGGGAGAAGUCGGUGGAGCAGCGAGAAAUAAAGGGCUUAAGAAACAAGCCAAAGAAGACUGGUCAUGUGAAGCCAGACCUCAUCGAUGUGGACCUGGUUCGAGGUUCAGCGUUUGCGAAGGCCAAACCCGAGAGCCCCUGGACGUCUCUGACCAGAAAAGGCAUCGUGAGAGUCGUGUUCUUCCCCUUCUUUUAUAAAUGGUGGAUCCAGGUCACGUCCAGAGGAAUCUUCUACUUAUUACUGUCGUUAUAUCUGCUGCAAGUUGCAGCCGCGGUCCUGUACCUGAGCGCCCCACAGCCUCAUGGGAUUCCAGCCACUGAAGUGUUUGGGGCCAUCUGGCUUAUGCUCCUGCUGGGCACCGUGCACUGCCAGAUCGUCUCCACCAGGACGCCCAAACCGGUGUCCAGCAGCGGGGGCAAGAGGCGCAGGAAGUUGAGGAAGGCCUCUCAGAUGGAGGUGCAUAGGGAAGGAGACGGGUCUAGCACUACCGAUAACACACAGGAGGGGGCGCCGCACUCGCACUCCCCCAGCACUGCCUUCAGCUUGGGCUCUCUCUUCCACGAUUUCUGGCAUGAUAUCUGUAAAGCUGGAUCUAAGAAGUCUAAGCUCUCCAUCGACAAGUCCACAGAGACAGACAAUGGUUACGUGUCGUUGGACGGCAGGGUGACCAACCGGAGCAGCGAGGAGGGGCUUCAGCUGCCGGAGCCGCCCUGCGACUCGCUGAUGAGGGCGGAGGAGGCGUGCUGGAACCCGCACUGCCCGCCCGCUCACGCCCACCACACGCCACGCAGCAACGGACUCAUGCUGCCCACGGCCAACAAGGAGCCUGCGUCAGACGAGGCCUCCAGUGAAGAGGACCCUGAGGUGACGUACGGCGCCCUCCGGAGGGGAGUGGACAGAAUGAACAGCAGCGAGUGCACGGUCCGAAACAGAAAGAGCUCCCACCAUUAUAAGAAACACUACACUGAGGAGGUGCCAAAGUCGGGCACCAGCUGCAGUUCUCGCUGCUCCAGCCUCAGGACCCAGGACUCAGAGAGACACGAGUCUGAGACCGAGGACCUGCUGUGGGAGGACUUUCUGCACUGUGCAGAGUGUCGCUCCUCCUGCACCUCAGAGACAGAGGGAGAAGGAGCCGGGACCCCUGUGUGUGGACCGUCCAAGAAGGAGUACAGAGACGACCCCUUCCACCAGGGUCAUGUGCCCUGGCUGCACAGUUCAAACCCCGGUCUGGAGCGUGUGAGCGCCAUCGUGUGGGAGGGAAACGAAUGUAAGAAAGCAGACAUGUCUGUGCUGGAGAUCAGCGGCAUGAUCAUGAACAAAGUGAACAUGUACACUCCAGGCAUCGGGUACCAGGUGUUUGGGAACCUGGUCUCUGUGACUCUGGGCCUCACUCCAUUCGCCUUCAGACUGGUGCAGUACAGGGAGGUGGACCAGCUGACUUCUCUGUCGGGCGGAGAGUUUCUGUCCGCGGCGUUCGGGGUCGGCUCGGGGUCAGACGCGCUCAUCGUCACCAUGGUUACGCUCAGCUUCCUGGUGCGCGUUUGCCUUAUAUGGCUCUUCUUCUUCCUGCUCAGCGUGGCGGAGAGGACCUACAAACAGAGGCUGCUGUUUGCAAAGCUGUUUGGUCACCUGACGUCGGCCCGCAGAGCCCGGAAAUCCGAGGUGCCUCAUUUCAGACUCAAGAAGGUCCAGAACAUCAAGAUGUGGCUCUCCCUGCGCUCCUACCUCAAGAGACGGGGCCCUCAGCGUUCUGUAGAUGUGAUAGUGUCUUCUGCCUUCCUGCUCACUCUGUCUGUGGUCUUCAUCUGCUGUGCUCAGCUGCUGCACGUUCAUGAAACCUUCCUGGAGUGUCAUUAUAACUGGGAGCUGGUGAUCUGGUGCUCCAGCCUCACUCUGUUUCUGUUGCGCUUCGUGACUUUGGGCUCCGAGACCAGCAAAAAGUACAGCAACACCUCCAUCCUGCUCACUGAACAGAUAAACCUGUAUCUGAAGAUGGAGAAGAAACCAAACAAGAAGGAGGAGCUGACUCUGGUCAAUAAUGUUCUCAAACUGGCCACAAAACUGCUCAAGGAGCUGGACUCUCCGUUCCGGCUGUACGGACUCACCAUGAACCCUCUGCUCUACAACAUCACUCAGGUGGUCAUUCUGUCGGCCGUAUCCGGGGUCAUCUCAGACCUGCUCGGGUUCAACCUCAAGCUGUGGAAGAUCAAAUCAUGACAGUGACCUGAUGCUGACCCCAACUGACCUUUGACCCUUACGUUCACACUUUGUGCAAUUCACAACUAUUUAUUUACCUUCGCAGUGUUUCUAGGUUUAUAUGAAUUUUAGGUUGUUUUAUUUUAUUUGUUCACUGCAAAAACACGUGACCUGCAUUCGUUUGAAAACACUUGAAUUGAGAUUAUUUUUUGUUGAUUUGAGUCGUUGUGACUGGUUUAAAUUUAUUUAAUGGACCUAGAGAAUCAGAUUGGUCACAUAUUUAGUUUUUGUUCACAUUACACUUAAAAUUGGACACAAAAUAUGAUUGAACUGUCUUGGAUAAUUAGAUAAAUGUUAACUAGUCAUAACACAAUUCCAAAAAAAAGGUUCAUAUUCUUAAUUCAACACAUUUAAACCAAUGUAGACAUAGUUUUUGUGGUCUUUUACACAGACAAUGCUAUGAAAACUCACGUAUGAAGUAUUAUGACGAUCACUGGCCCACCGCUGGUCCUUCUGUCUCACACGUUUUCUGGUGUUCAUGUGAAUUUUCGUCAAGUCUCGACAGCAAAUCCAAGUUAAAGACGCACUACGUGACUUUUCUGGUUUGUCUUCUGGAAUGUUCCGCAGUAUGGCAUCACCCUUUCGAUUACAGCUGUUUCUAUCGCUGGAAAACAGGUAUUAUUAUUAUUAUUAUGAUGCUGGGUCGCCUCUCCACAGACCUGAGCUGUAACUUGGUCUGGCGACGUCAUCUGAUUUUUUUUUAUACUUUAAUGCUGUGUAGAGUAUUCAAGCGAAAAAGUAGCAUCGUCGCCAUGGAGACAAUUUAAUGACAGACACUCCACUAGAAAAGCUGCGCGGUGAACCUUUAAGUUACCGUAUUUUUCGUACUAUAAGGCGCAAUAUCAAUAAUGUGGAAUUCUCUCGUCUAUUUUCAUACUUAAGGUGCACCGGAUCAUAAGGAGCAUUAAGCGAAACAAACGGACGACACUUGAGACUGAUCCUUAGUCCAGGCGUCCACAAUCCAUCGGCAAAUCGUGGUGUAAUUCGCCCGGCGUUACCUCCCUGUCUUGGUGAAUGUGAAUUAUGAAUGUGAAUGUCCGUGGAGAAUUUCAGUUUUUUACUUCCUACGAGGACGACUCAAAUAUACAUCAUUCCUACUCAGUCGAUAAUUGAUCGUUAAGAAUUUUGUUGAUCAGGUUCAUUUUUAAUCGACAAACUGAAUGUAGGUUACUGUGCGUAGCGUACGCUAUGAAAAAAGGAAAAAAAGGAAAAGACUAAAAGACACUUUUCAGUCUUUUUAUCACAACAGGAGCCAAAAUUAAUAAAGUGACCAACAUAAAUAAAGUGAGUGAAAUUACUGUUAAAUAAAGAGCUGUGUUAAGAGGUAAGAGCGGCGCUUACAGUUUAUGCAAAUGAGUCAUGUGGUUUUAAGUUUUGUUACUGUAAAAUGUAAAUAAACAUGUCAAAGCUGCAUUAAAGACAUUAUAAUGUCAAACGGGCUGAUGUGGCUCUAGAGUGUUUAUGGUUUAUAUGUUGUAAAGUUGAGUUUGUUUAUGGAGAUUAGUAUUAAUGAUAAUUUUAAUAUAAAUACGUUAAUGAUUAACUGAAAAUCGAUCUUUAAAAUUUUUUAUCGAAUGCCUGUCCCAAACAUUGAGUAAUAAUGUGUCUAAUGCAGCUUUGCGCACAUUUGUUUACGUUUUACAGAAAUGAAACUUAAAACCACAUGACUCAUUUGCAUAAACUAAAAGCGCUGAAAAAAAACAGAUCGCUCUCGUUGGACUAAAGGACUUCAGGACUCAGUGGAAUAUGUGUGUUCUUUUUGUGACGAAGGCGGUGGCAGCAUGCGUUGAAUAGUUCACAGAACUAUACUUCUCCUUUACUCCACCAGGCUCCUGACUACGAUCGCCGUAACGCUCCGACAAUCCAUGAAAUGACGCGGCUUCGUAGUUUACCAAAGUCAUACUAAAACAUUUUGACAGAUUUUUGAGCGCCGUGUUUCACAUAAAAUCAGUUCGAAGUCAGUAAAGUCGAUUUUUGAGAAAAUUUAAGGAUUUUCAGUGCGCCUUAUGGUCCGAAAAAUACGGUAUCUUUUUAUUUUUAGCUUUUCUGGUUUGGCCUGUUUGUCUCCGUGGAGAUUCUGUUGCUGCUUCUGAAAUAUCCCGCAGUAUGUCAUUCCCCUUUCAAUUACAGUUGCUUCUAUUGCUGGAAAACACGCAUUAUUAUUGUAUACUGGGUCGCCUCUGCGCAGAUCUGACCCGUAACAUGAUCUAGUGGUGUCAUCUACUUUCCCCGUAGAGAUAGACGAGUUUAAUGCCGUACUCUGGAGCAUUCCUAAUAUCAUUAUGGAGACAAACUGAUAGCAGAACCCCUGUUAGAAAAGUUACGCAGUGAAUCUUUAAGUUAUCUCUUUAUUUUGAGCUUUUAUUUUUAUAUUUCCACACAGUGCUGUCACUUCAGAAGAGUUGGUCACAUUUUCUAUUUAAAACGAACAUAGUAAAUAUGUUUAAAAUGCUGUUUGCUUACUGUACAAAUCAUUUAUGGUAGAUCUGUACAAUAGAAAAUUUUCCUCAAAAACAUGAACGUAAAAUAUCCUGCGCUCGUAUAAUGGUAUUUACGGCAACAGCGAUUAGUAAUAAUUAAUGCACUACUAUAUGGGGCUUUAGGGUAGUCCUGCUGUUUGCUGUAUAUGGCUAUUCUCUCAUAGACAAUAAUAAUCAUAGAUGCAUCAAGAAUUUUGGACUCCUGGUCAUUGCGCAAUGCAAACUGGGAAGGAUUUUCCGAAAAAGUGAGCAUCAAACUGCCGUGUUUGUUUUCCCAGUGUGGUCCGUCUGUUGUAAAAGUCGAUCUUUUCUAGUCUUUUGAGCCAUAUCGCUUUUGUUUCUGGUUCUGAUAUUGUCAUAUUUUAGUUUUGGGAUUCGGACAUCGUAAUUGUGUGGUUGUUGGAUCCUAACAGCGGAAAACAGAUCGAGAAUUUUGUUUUGCGAACUCCAUAAAUGCAAAAGGGAAUCAGAUGUGUGUGACUGCAAACCUCUGUUCAAACUGUUUCUCUUCCCAACGGAAUUGAAAAAUAGUGAAAGGUGAAGGCGAUGGGCAGGAUUGAUCCACAGGAAGAACCAAAAAGGAAACUUUUGGCUGCUUAAGAAAUCAUCCCGAGUUUGAAGCGAACAUUGUAUGUAUGUAGAGCGACAACAAAGCAACAUCCCGAUCCCUCACUCAACCUCAGUUACGAAUUUAAAAAGUCAACACCAAAGCGAAAGGCACCAGCUGUUCACCAAGAAACACCUUCCACUGCAAAGAGACCAAGACGUGAUGUUGCUGUAAAACCACAAGAACAAGAAAGUGCAGCUCAGUCUGUUUGUCUUCUGCACUUCUCGCUUAACAAACGGGAUCCCACUUUGUUGUCGCUCCACAUACAAAAUGUUCACUGCAAAUUCGGGAUGAUUUCUUAGGCAGUCAAAAGUUUCCUUUUUUGUCCUUCCUGUGGAUCAAUCCUGCCCAAAAACAAACAUGACGGUUUGAUGCUCACUUUUUCGGAAAAUUCUUCCCAGUAUGCAUUGCGCAAUGACCGGAAGUCCCAAAUUCUUGAUGCAUGUAUAGACACACAAAUACUCGGAAAAGUGUUUAUAUAUUUAUUACAAUUUGGGUUUAGGUGCAAACUUUAAAUCCGUCAACAAAAAUGUAGAAGAAAACACAUUAUAAUUCAAUUUUAGCUCACAAUUUAAACCAUUUUUCUUGCAUAACUUCGUGUAAUUCUCUAUAUCAAAAGAGCCUGUACCUGAUUUUUGAUUUUGAAUCACAAGUAAGGAAAGUUUUUCCUCUCGAACCGCCCAGUUUUGUCCUUUAUGACGUUUUGAUUGACCGUUUUGACGCAGAAACAACCGUCCGAGAUCGUUUCCGGUGGUUGUUUCCUUUUCUAUUUCCUUGUUUUACAGUUGGUUUCUCAUGAUUCUUAGAAAACAACGUGGAUUUAUUUGGAAAAAGAUACGUUAAAAUCAGGUGCAGGUACUAUUUUCGUGUUCACAAUCAACGAAAAUCACGUUCAAAAAGGGUUGAAAUCCUAAACUCUCAUUUUCACUGUAGAUUAAAGCGUAAACAUGUUUUGACAAUUCACAAGCUUUUUUUUUUGUUUUGUUUGUUUUUCUGUUCGAGGUCAUGCGUUUAUUCUUGUGUUUUUAUUUUUGUGUGGAAAAAACACGAUCCAAGUUCUUUCUACGACUGACAACAGCAAUUUAUACUCGCGAGAAGGGCGUUAAAGAGGCUAUAUUAUGGUAAAUUUGCUUAUUUUUAGCUUUCAGACACGGUAAUUUCUUCAAAAAUUCACCUUGUGUUUUGUUUUUGUCGUGUUUAUUGAACUCGUGCUGUAUUUUUGUUUGUAAAGCUCGAAAACGUUCCUCAAAUCCCUGCCCACUUUAGUAGCUUUGACCAAUCAGCAAGCUCCAAACCAAGUCUUUGAUUGUCAUUUUAAGAAAGUAGUUUGCUUUCUUUUCCAAAUUUGGUUCUAAACGUCCAAAUUGCGCUGCCCCCUGCUGGUCUGUUCCGAUAUUUCAAAAGAACUACAGCAUUACGUCGUCUUUUUCUAUCAUUUUUUUAAUGUUGAUCGUAACAUUUUGAAAUUUAGGUCAAAGUUUUAGAUGAGAAACAUAUAAUAAUUUGUUAGAAGUCACUAUUUCACGUCGUCCUUUUGCCAGUUUGUUUACAUUAAAAUAAAAUGUAAAAUCAAAUGAAUUUGACAGUACAUGCAGUAGUUUUAGUUUAGUUAUUUUAAACUUUUGAGAACAUAGAAUUGAUACUUUGCAGAGACAUCAAGCUGGGAGUGGGCUAUCUAUGGCUAUGUCUAUGGCAGAAUUUUCAGCAGUUACCAUGGUGACACAAAGCAAACAUUAGCAAACACAGGCUGAGAUGUUCUUAGAUUGUUUAAGAACGCAAGAAAAACCCCCAAAAUGGAUUAAAACAAUCACUUUUUGUGAGCGUAAACAUGGUGAAAGUGACUAACUGAAAAAGUUCAGGCUAAUGCUAACUAGCUUGUUUAACAGUAGAAGUUAGCGCGCUGUUUUUGUCUGUACUUUAUUGUCAGAUUGUGUUAAAACAAAGACAAACUUGAGUAACAGAACUUCUGACAGAGCAGUGCCUAGAGCAGGGGUCUCCAAACUUUUUCCUUCUGUGAGCUACUUUUUGUAAAACGAAAAUGGCGGCGAGCUAAUCAUUUUAGCGGUUGCCAGACAUUUAGUAAACAAAAGAGCCGUGGUGAGCCGAAGGUGAGGUACGGUUAGAUAUGUGUAAAACAUAACCCGUUAUCCAGUUACAGUGCACAAAAUUAGCACAUUUAAAAAGGAAAUAGGCAUUUAAUCAAUCAAAUUUGACUUAUUCAGCGCAAUAUAUGGCUUCGAGAUCCCUGACCUCGAGUGACCAGACGUUCCAGUUUUCGGUCCCAGCUGAUUUAUCCAAAACCAGUGAUUUGUCCCAUUUUUCCUAAAGAAAUGCACCAGGUGUCCCUAUUUUUGACCAAUUUGAUCCCUGCCAACAGUAAAAUAGAGGUGUAAAUUAUCAUUUGUUUAAGUAAAAUACAGAAAAGCUGCUUAAAAAUGACCAAAACACAACGAAAAUGUGACUAUACUGACUCACAUGUUCGCCAUAAAUGGUCAUAACAGUACAUAACAAUUUUCCUUAAUCACGCACUCCUUUCGCAGUUUCCCAGAGGCGGCGCUAGUAUUUGGCAACAGUAGGCGGUUGCAUAGGGCCCCCGAACCUGGAGGGGCCCCCCACCAACUGGCCAAGUUUGAUUUUCUCUCAAUAUGACAUUAAAUAAGAGUGGUUUUACUCUUAAACAAGAAAACACCAUCAAAAUAGAAUCUGACUGUUAAAUCUGUUUUAAUUGUCAAAGAAUUCCCCCCUUUCACGUUAGAACAGACGAGUGAGAUUGACCCAGAUUUGAACAUAAUCAUAUGUAAUGUAAACAGAAAUGUAACUGUACUAGCAAAAAAUAAAUAAAAAAUCUAGUAGGCAACCGAUAGCAACGAAUAAGUGAUAAAAUAAGAGUUUCCAAGUUUCCAGUCCACCAUAAUUUAAAUAAAGAUGUGCGUGUCUCAAGAACAUUGGGCAAAAACAGACAAUAAAUAUUAAAAAUAUGCCAAAAAUAAAAAGGGCCGCCCUGAGCUGUUUUCUAAAACUAAUUUGUCUUAAACAAAUUUCAGAUACCAAACAAAAAUAUUUCAAAAAUACAGGGGAGUUGAUGUGGAGGACAAAGGGGUCAACUCAAGUUCGCCUGGGCCCCUAGAAAUUUCUAACUCCGCCACUGCAACCACCUGAAACCGGGACGUCCCAGUUUUUGACUUUGAAAAUCCGGUCACCCUAACAGUGCCUCCAGUUAGUAUCACCUCAUGUUGACGUCAUCUGCUGCAAAGUUCCAAUCCACAUUUCUGUUCCAGAGCGAUCGAAUUCAUAAAAAGUAAAUAAUUCCAUAAUCUAGCCUCUUUGUGACGCCGUGUUUUGAACUCAAUAGUCAGAAGCCUGUAGUAGUUUGUGCAUGCAGAAUGAGUGUUUUCAAAUAUGCACUUUAAAACUUUGACAUGUUUAAAAAAAAAAAAAAAAAAGCGGACAGAGUUAGAAAAUAGAAAUUGUCUUUGGGAUGUUUUGUACCUCAGAGUUUUCUGUUUUUCGCUGAUGUUGAAAAUGUUUUACGCCUUUCGAACUUCAUGGAUUGUGACGUUUACAUGUUUGAGAAACGGAAGCUCGGUUAGUGUCGUGUUAAAUCAGCUUCAUCACGCCGGACGGUGGAGGAGAAUCUAAAGUGAACUGUUCAUGUUACUGGAUUAUAACUGGUUCUUUUCAUAUAAAUUACAAAAAGUUGCACAGUUCCCCGUUAUAAUUUCUUCCACAAACGUGAGAUUUAUGUAACAGUAAAAGUGUUAUUUAUUUUAAACCGAUUUUUCUAAAACUCAUUUUGUCCUGAAAGAUUUUCAGACACGGUGGCAAUACUAAACCAAAAGUGUCUGUCCAGUAUAACGUGUAUAUUUACUUUUACAUGUGAAUUUGACCGUAGAGUCACAGUCAUUCGUUCAUUUGUUUUUCAAAAUAAAACCAAAAAUAAGAAAAAGAAAAAACAACUAUUUUCUUCAAAACCAAAAUGAAAAAAAAACAGAAAACAAUUCUUUUUUUUUCAGUUUUCAAUUCUGUGUUUAAACUGCAUUGCCGGACUGAACCAGGUUUAAACCAGGACUAAAACAGGACUGAACCAGGUUUAAACCAGGACUAAACCAGGACUAAAACAGGACUGAACCAGGUUUAAAACAGGACUAAAACAGGACUGAACCAGGACUAAAACAGGACUGAACCAGGACUAAAACAGGACUGAACCAGGACUGAACCAGGACUAAAACAGGACUAAAACAGGACUGAAAACAGGACUGAAACAGGACUGAAACAGGACUGAAACAGGUCUAAACCAGCACUAUGUUUAGUGUCAGGAUGGUCCCGGAGGUGCGCCCGUGUAGACUGUGGGAACUGAGACUAGGACUGAGACUGGGACCAGAUUGGGACUGAAACCGGUUUAGUCCUGGUUUAGACCUGGUUCAGUUCGUAUGUGGUGCAAAAGUCCGGCGUCGCAGUUUAAGUCACGUAAAGGAAAACGUCCGUUAUCCGUUUUUUCCAUUCUUCAUUUAAACACACAAUCAAAAACUAAAAAAAUCUAAUCGUUAUCCAUUUUUUCAUUUUGAUUUUGGAGACAAAUAAUGAAGAAAAUUGUUGUUUUUUCGUUUUCUUAUGUUUGGUUUUAUUUUGAAAAAUGAAUGAACAGAUUAAUCACUUGGGCCCAUAGACCUUUUUCACAACGGCCGGAAGUGCCGCACUUUAGGUUUGCAGAACUUCAGGUUCAUGGUUUUCUACAGGAAAAUAUCGGUCAUAAAUCUGCCCCAUCACCAAAUCUUCAAAGGUCCACAAAGGAUAAACGUUAUGAAGCUGGUGGAGAUUAUGCCAGACAUUUCCACAGAUGUUUUGAUGUAGAAAACCACUAACCAGAAGUUCUGCAAACCUACAGCGCGGCAUUUCCGGCCUGUUGACGUAAAAAUCCCCAGUCUUGGAAUUGUGCAUACAGUCCAAACAUGUCCGCCGUGAGCCGCUGGGAUUUUUCAAAGACACCAAACAAAAACGUUCAAAAUUAUAACACGCACACUUGUUUUUGAACGAAUUUUACCAUAGCAUCACAUACAGGGGAGCUGAUUGGAGGGGUACAAAGGGGUCUGUUGUCCCGGGCCCCAGAAUUAGACCCUGUUCUUGUAAAUUUAUAUUAGAGAAGGCGCCACGUGACACUUUUUGCCCCUGGGCUCCCAAAUUUCUGUUGACGGGCCUGAUUCUGUGACAUAUGCCCAUAGAAAAUGCCCAUACAGUCCCAAGAUGGCUGCCGCGUUCUCCAGUUUAUCCGUUGCUGUGUUCCCUCUAGAGCUCUAUCCACCUCCGGCUUCACGAUUUGAAACAUCAGCGUCAUAAUGAGUUUCUGACGAGGAGGAGAAGACCAAAGUGCUUAUUUCUGUUGCUGGAAAUCGAAUGUAUACGACUUCACGCUUUAAAAUGUUUUGUCUCGUUUUGAAAAAUACUUUGAAUUGUUUUUUUUUGUUUGAGUUUUGUGGUUCGUGCAUUUAUUUGUAAAGCUUUAGUUUCUCGCGCUCACGGAAGAACGUUUGUUUUCAAGUUUUUAAGAAGAACAAAGUGACAUUUCUGUUGGACUGAAUCUAGAUACAGGACUCUGUUUUGUCGUUUGAAGAGUCUUAAUAUUUAGAUUUGUGUUUUUGUGAAUUUGUCUGUCCAGUGUCGACAUUUUGUAAGAAAAAUAAAAUAUGAAAAAAAAUUAAAAAAUUGCGUAUGUCUUGUGUUUUGUCAAGCCAAUAUUUAGGACUUUUUCUUUGGGUUGCCAGCUUUGAUACUGAAAUUGGUUUAAACCUAAAAGGCGUCUCUCUGAUCUGAACGGUCUCUACCUAAACCUCAGCACCUGCAGACAGUCACGAGUCAGUGCUAGUGCAGCCUCUGCAGCUCCAGGAGGGAAGUCUGGUGGUUCUGAGCUGCAGCAGUUAGUCAUGGCCAGCAGAGGGCAGCAUGACGACUUAAAUAAUGUCACGUAUAGGAGUGAGAAAUAUUGAAACUGAC